AUGUUAGACUACUUCAAAUACAAUAACCUUAACGAAUCUCCUAGCAUAGUAAGAAAUACGCUUCUUGUGGUUGUUAUUCUGAUCACAACUGCAACAUAUCAACCAGCACUUAGUCCUCCCGGAGAUGCUUGGCAAGAUGAUUCCAUUCCAUCCGCAGGCAAUAAUACAUUAUCAUCUACCACAAAUAUUACCGCUUCUAUUAAACGACACACCGCUGGAACUGCUAUUAUGGGCACUGAAAAUCCGAUAGCAUACAGUAUAUUUCUGUUUGCCAAUUCCAUGGGGUUCUACAUGUCAGUUCACAUGAUUUACAUACUCACAGAUGCUUUCCCUUUGCAGUUGGAAUUGCAGAUUUCAUUGGUUGCACUCGGAUCAACGGUCUUCGCCAGCUCCCGACGGUUCACAACUUCGAUGUAUCGGACAACGGCGACAAUGCACGGCUCCGCUGAAGGCUCACGACGUUUAUUAUGGGGUGAAGAUGGCGGCUAUCGGUUGGAGGGGUGA